GGCAGGCAGUUUGUGUACAGCCGGGCGGAGGCCAGAGACCGGCCGCCUACCUGUCACCUCUCGCCUGGAGCGGGCCACUGCCAAGUUGGCCCCAUGACUCCAAACGGGCGGAGCCUGGAUUGGGCCUCUGGGGAGGGCUCCACUAAAGUGACCACUUGCAGCCCUGAGCCUCAGCUCUUGGACGCCUGGCUGGAAGUUGGCUGUCCUGUUUCCUGUGACCUUGGGGGUGGAAAGGACAGGGCCCAGGGGGCCUAGGGCACUAUCUCCCUUCCCCACGCCUUCUCCCUUCCUCGUUCCUCCCCACCCUUAUCGCUUCUACCCCGCCCACACCGCCCUAAACGGCUUGCUGGGGCGGAACUGUUUCGCUUUUCCCCGUCCCAGUUGAGGGUUGUGGGGGUGGGUGGCAGCCCUAAGCCUCUGGGAGACAUGGAGCCCAGGAGGGCGGCGCCUGGGGCGCCUGGCUGGGGGUCUCGGGAGGCCGCGGGGUCGGGAAUGGCCGCGGAGCUUGUGUACCAUCUAGCCGGGGCCCUGGGCACUGAGCUGCAGGAUCUGGCGCGCCGUUUCGGGCCGGAGGCGGCGGCCGGGCUGGUGCCGCUAGUGGUGCGGGCGCUGGAGCUCUUGGAACAGGCUGCCGUGGGGCCCGCCCCGGAAUCGCUGCAGGUGUCGGCGCAGCAGGCGGAGCAGGAGCUGCGGCGGCUGCGGGAGGAGAACGAGCGCCUCCGCAGGGAGCUGCGCGCGGGGCCACAGGAGGAGCGCGCGCUGCUGCGGCAGCUCAAGGAGGUCACGGACCGACAGCGGGACGAACUCCGGGCGCACAACCGCGACCUGCGGCAGCGCGGCCAGGAGAGCGAGGCGUUGCAGGAGCAGCUGCAGCGCCUCCUGCUGGUGAACGCUGAGCUGCGGCACAAGCUGGCGGCCGUGCAGACCCAGCUGCGCGCCGCGCAGGACCGCGAGAGGGAGCGCCAGCAGCCUGGCGAAGCCGCGACUCCGCAGGCUAAAGAGCGAGCGCGGGGGCAGGCCGGGCGGCCCGGGCACCAGCACGGACAGGAGCCCGAAUGGGCGACCGCCGGUGCAGGCGCCCCAGGGAACCCUGAGGACUCGGUGGAGGCUGCGCAGCAGCUGGGGCGCCCCUCGGAGGCAGGGCAGUGCCGCUUCAGUCGGGAGGAGUUUGAGCAGAUCCUUCAGGAGCGGAAUGAACUCAAAGCCAAAGUGUUCCUGCUCAAGGAGGAGCUGGCCUACUUCCAGCGGGAGCUGCUCACAGAGCACCAGGUCCCCGGCCUUCUGCUCGAGGCCAUGAAGGUGGCUGUCCGGAAGCAGCGGAAGAAGAUCAAGGCCAAGAUGUUAGGGACACCAGAGGAGGCAGAGAGCAGUGGCGAUGAGGAUGGCUCAUGGCUCCUGCUCUCCGAUGAUAAGGGAGACCAUCCCCCAACCCCGGAGUCCAAAAUACAGAGUUUGUAUGUUGGGGGAAGGGGAAGAGCCCUGGCUGGUCCUUCUCAGGAUCCCCUUUCCUGCUUCUCUGCCCGUCACCCUGCUGUGUUUGGCUCUAAGCACACCCUCCCCUCCUGCUUCUCUGGCCCUUUCUCCCCCCUCUUCCCUUUUCUCACCACCCGCUGCCCUCACCCAGAUCCUUGACCUCUCUGGCUUCCUGGCCCAAAGUGCCUCUGGCUGUCUCUCUCCAGCUUUGGCCUGUGGUAUCGGGGUAAAGCUGAAUCCUCUGAGGAUGAGACCAGCAGCCCUGCACCCAGCAAGCUAGGGGGAGAAGAGGCCCAACCACAGUCUCCAGCUCCUGAUCCGCCCUGUUCUGCCCUCCACGAACACCUUUUUCUGGGGGCCUCAGCCGCCCCAGAAGCCUGACUUAGGGGUCUGGCUGUGGAAGGAUGUGUGGCCUCAAAUGAGGACAGGGCUCCCGCCUUCACAGCCCACGCCAGGGGUCUGCCCUGCACCAGGGCAGGAUGGGGGCUCAGCCCGUCUCCCUCUCUACGUCUCUGUACCGAGCCUCUGGGGCCAGAUAUAAGAGUGCCUCUCUGAGUCUCAGUUUCCCCAUCCGUGAAAUGAGAGCUGACUGCCUAGCUCCCAGGGCUUUGUGCAGACAGCCUGAGCUCGUGUAAUAAAGAACUGCCCGUAAUACACAGAAA